AUGGAGCAGAUUUCUUUCACAUCAGAAUUGUUAAAAGAGGUUGGUGAUGAAUUCUGUGAUGUCUCCCUUCGGUCACUGGAUCUCUCAGAUAUUGAUGAUUUCAUGGUUUGGGCUACAGAUGAGAAAGUGGCUAAUUUUUGUGGUUUCGAACCUUACACUCGCAAAGAAGCCGAGGACUACAUCCAAUCUUUUGUUCUACCCCAUCCAUGGUUUAGGGCAAUAUGCCUUAACAGCCGGCCUAUUGGUACCAUUUCAUUGACCAAAAAUUCAGGUAGCGAUAGAUGCAGAGGUGAAAUUGGCUAUCUCCUGGCUUCCCAAUACUGGGGCAAAGGGAUUGCAACAAAGGCAGUGAAGAUGGUGGCUAAAACUAUCUUCGUUGAGUGGCCACAUCUGGAGAGACUAGAAGCUUUAGUAGAUGUACAGAAUAUGGGCUCACAAAGGGUGCUAGAGAAGGCUGGAUUCAAGAGGGAAGGCGUUCUGAGAAAGUAUUGUAUUCAAAACGGAAGAUCUAGAGACAUGGUGAUGUUUAGUCUUCUUUCUACUGAUCCUCAAGUUUGA